UUUGUUGUCGAACACCGACUAAUCGAGGUUCUUUGGUUAAUUACGGAUAUCCUAUGUUUUUUCCAGUAGUCGACAACAUACCCUUUGCUUUUUUACCUUACACGUUACUAAAUAAUAAUGAAUGUUUUUUUUUGUUUAUUUUAAAGUUGACCAAAAAAGGAAAUGGAUUCACAUCCAUCUAAUGCUGAGGAAGCCGAAGAAAACUUUCAAGAUAAGAAAUCAGACGCUGUAUCAAACUUUUCGCCUCGUGGUGCAACACCGACAGUUUUAACUUUGUUUAGUGAAGCUUUAAAUGAAAAUAAUUUUGACGAAAAUGAAGAAAAGAUUUUUGAAAAACAUUUGGAAUUUUUGGUUGGCGGGCCAUUUGACUUUGAAUUGAGAAAUGUUCGUCAAAAUCGUGUUAAUGUUAAAUUAAUGUUAGAAUUGACUGAUUUAUGUCCUCCAAAAAUUCAGGUUUGGAGUACUUUUGUUGGAAUUGUCAAAAAAAAUGUGCAAACUUGGACAGAAGAGGAUGACCAGCUUUACAAUGUUUUAAUUCAAACUACACAACAAAUUUUUGAUCAUCCUGCAAUUUUGGUUCCAGCAUUUGAGUUAAAGAAAGUCGUUUUAUUAUUUUUGAUUUAA